AUGAAAACUCACAUGAACAAUUCCCAUUUUUCAGUUGCGCUGAGCAAUCAGGCACUCCCCGUGCUAAACGCCUCCAUCGCAGCGGACGCCACUGUAACAGGAUCCUUGGAAACCGCUCUCAAAAAUGCGCCGAUUUCCUAUGCGAUGUUUGGAGUGGGCGCUUCGCGACUGCUGCCCUGGCUCCUGCUGCUGGCAGCCUGGCGGGCGGGCAGCGCCCAGCUGCGCUACUCGGUCCCCGAGGAGGCCCAGCACGGCACGUUCGUGGGCCGCCUGGCGCAGGACCUGGGGCUGCCGCUGGCCGAGCUGGUGCCGCGCCUGUUCCGGGUGGCGUCCCGUGCUGGCGGGGACCUGCUGGAGGUGAACGUGCAGAACGGCAUCCUGUUCGUGAACGCGCGGAUGGACCGCGAAGCGCUGUGCGGGCGGAGCGCGGAGUGCAGCGUGCACCUGGAGGUGGUGGUGGAGCGGCCGCUGCAGGUGUUCCACGUGGAGGUGGAGGUGAGGGACGUCAACGACAACCCGCCCGUGUUCUCCCGACAAGAACAAAGGCUGCAGAUUUCCGAAUCUAAACCCCCAGACUCGCGUUUUCCGCUGGAGGGAGCUACUGACGCGGACAUAGGGGAGAACGCUCUAUUAACCUACAGACUAAGUCAAAACGAAUAUUUUUCCUUAGCUUCUCCAACAAAUAGUAAACAGACUAAAAGACUCUCUUUGAUACUGAAGAAGCCUCUGGACAGAGAGAAAACGCCAGAAUUCAGUUUACUGCUGACGGCUACCGACGGGGGCCAGCCGGCGCUCAGCGGCACCGUUCACCUGCUGGUGUGCGUCCUGGAUGUUAACGACAACGAUCCGGAGUUCGAUCAGCCAGAAUUCAAGGUGAGGCUGACAGAAAACAGUGCCCGAGGGACUCUUGUGAUGCAGCUGAACGCCACGGACCGAGAUGAAGGAGUCAACGGGGAGGUGACAUACUCCUUGGUGUCGAUUAAGCCCCGCGAGAGACUCUUGUUCUCCCUGGAUGAGAGCAGCGGAGAAGUGAGGGUGAAUGGAACUUUAGAUUACGAAGAAAGCAAAUUUUAUGAAAUUGAGAUCCAGGCUACAGAUAAGGGGAUUCCACCCAUGGCUGGUCACUGUACAAUCCUGGUGGAAAUCUUAGAUGAAAACGAUAAUCCACCCGAAGUGGUGGUCACUUCUCUGUCACUGCCCAUACGCGAGGACGCUCCGGUGGGCACGGUGAUCGCCCUCAUCACUGUCUCCGACCGCGACUCGGGCGCCAACGGGCAGGUGAGCUGCGCCCUGACGCCCGACGUGCCCUUCCGGCUGCUGUCGACCUUCAGGAACUACUACUCGCUGGUGCUGGAGAGCGGGCUGGACCGCGAGCUGGUGUCGGGCUACGGCGUGGUGGUGACGGCGCGCGACGCGGGCUCGCCGGCGCUGCGGGCGUCGGCCAGCGUGUGGGUGGAGGUGGCGGACGUGAACGACAACGCGCCCGCGUUCGCGCAGGCCGAGUACACGGUGUUCGUGAGGGAGAACAACGCGCCGGGCUGCCACCUGGUGACGGUGUCGGCGCGCGACGCGGACGCGCGGGAGAACGCGCGCGUGUCGUACUCGCUGGUGGAGCGGCGCGUGGGCGAGCGCUUGCUGUCGAGCUACGUGUCGGUGCACGCGGAGAGCGGGCGCGUGCACGCGCUGCAGCCGCUGGACCGCGAGGAGCUGGAGCUGCUGCGCUUCGAGGUGAGCGCGCGCGACGCGGGCGUGCCGGCGCUGGGCAGCAACGUGACGCUGCAGGUGUUCGUGCUGGACGAGAACGACCACGCGCCGUGGGUGCUGCCGCGGGGCGCGGGCGGGCCAGCGAGCGAGGCGGUGCCGGUGUGGGUGUCGCGGUCGGCGGGCGCGGGCCACGUGGUGGCGAAGGUGCGCGCGGUGGACGCGGACGCCGGCUACAACGCGUGGCUGUCGUAUGAGCUGCAGGCGGCGCCGAAUGCGAAUGCGAAUGCGAAUGGGGCGGUGGCGGCUGCGUCGGGCGGGGCGCGGCUCCCGUUCCGCGUGGGGCUGUACACGGGCGAGAUCAGCACGACGCGCAGCCUGGACGAGGCGGACUUGGCGCGCCAGCGGCUGCUGGUGCUGGUGAAGGACCACGGCGAGCCCGCGCUGACGGCCACGGCCACGGUGCUGCUGUCGCUGGUGGACGGCGGGCAGGCGGCGGCGGCGGCGGCGGCGGCGUCCUCGUCGCGGGCGGGUGCGGCGGCGGCGGCGGGCGGCGCGGCGGCGCUGCUGGACGUGAACGCGUCCCUGAUCGUGGCCAUCUGCGCCGUGAGCAGCCUGCUGGUGCUGACGCUGGUGGUGUGGACGGCGCUGCGGUGCUGGGCGCCGGCCGCGGAGGGCGCGUGCGGGCCGGGGCAGCCGGCGCUGGUGUGCGCGAGCGCGGUGGGGAGCUGGUCGUGCUCGCAGCGGAGGCGGCAGCGGGUGAGCGGCGGCGAGGGCGCGCCCAAGGCCGACCUCAUGGCCUUCAGCCCCGGCCUUCCUCCUGGGCUGGACAGAGAAGAUGGAGGAGAAAGGUCGGAGGAGGCAGGUUCAAAACAUCUGGCACCGGUGAAGAAGAAAAAUUUCCGGCUCCGCACCCAGAUUCCAGCGGUUCAGAGGAGGGGCGACUCCAAACUGACCGGAAAGCUGGAUAAUAUCUAUUAA